UGGCGGAGGACCGUUCCGGGCAGUGACGCUCCGUCCUCCGCUGCUCCUUCUCUCCGGUUCCCGUCGUCCGUCUCCCCGCACGUAGAGCGCGGCAUGGGGAAUGAGGCCAGCCUGGAGGCCGGGGAGGGCGGAGGGGGAGCCGGGCAGCCUCUCCCCAGCCCCGCGGCCGCAGCUUCAGCACCAAGCCGAGGAGGACAGCUCCCCGGGCCCAGCAGCAGCGCCGCAGCCUCCGGAACCCGGCUGGGAGACGUCAGUGCUCCCGGGAGGUUGGAGAAUCCUGGACGUUUGGCUGGACAGAGUUCCACUCCUCAGACAUUUAGACAAACCCCUGAAAGCACAAAAGAAGUUAAAAGCCAUGUCUCCCCAUCCCAGCCCUCCUCUGACGUCUCCAGGAGGACGCUGCAGGUUGAAAGUAAAGGACACCGCACUGGAAGAUCACCUUUGGCAUCUCCAGACAGAGGCACCACUCCAACCUCGCCCUACUCAGUGCCGCAGAUCGCCCCUCUCCCGAGCAGCACGGUCUGCCCUAUAUGCAACACGACAGACCUCACCUCCUCUCCAAAUCAGCCAAACUUUAACACGUGCACCCAGUGUCGCAGCGAAGUGUGCAACCAGUGCGGCUUCAACCCCAACCCUCAUCUGACAGAGGUGAAGGAAUGGCUGUGCCUCAAUUGCCAGAUGCAGAGGGCUCUUGGGAUGGACAUGACCACCGCCACCAGGUCGAAGAGCCAGCAGCAGCUCCACUCUCCCCUGUCUCCUUCACUGUCUCCAGCCAAGCAGACGAAACCUCCAACUCUGUCACAGUCUCUUCAUCAGUUCCCGCUGUCACAUUCUCCACCUCCAGCAGCGCCACAUAAACAACAGCUGCCACCUGUUCAUCAGCCUUCUUCAUCCCUGCACCACCCGCAGCCCCCUUCGUCCCAGCACCAUCCGCAGCCCCCUCCGUCCCAGCACCACCCGCAGCCCCCUCCGUCCCAGCACCAUCCGCAGCCCCCUCUGUCCCAGCACCACCCGCAGCCCCCUCCGUCCCAGCACCAUCCGCAGCCCCCUCCGUCCCAGCACCACCCGCAGCCCCCUCCGUCCCAGCACCACCCGCACCCCCAGAAGGCCCAGUACCAGCCCCAAGCUCAAAGUAAAUCCCAAGCCCAACAGAAGCCCCAAACCCAGUACCAGUUUCAGGUAAAGAGUGGUGUGGAGACAUCCCUGGGGCAGGUUGAGGGCCUCACUGCAUCACAUCCACAUGGAAAACCUCAAGCCACCCAACAGAGAGAUCAAAUCAGCCAAGGACAAGCAAAAGCUUCUGCUCCUCUGGAGGCUCAGAGGAACUCCCCUCAGCACUCUCCAGGAAAACUGACCAUGGGCGAGCAGAGAAAGAGCCUGGGAGGGUCUCCAGCAAAAACUCCUGCCGCUGCUGUCUAUGGAGCCCCAGAGCAGGCCCAGGAGGGGCUGACAGGAAAGCUCUUUGGUUUUGGAGCUUCACUCUUGAACCAGGCAAGCACAUUGAUAUCAGUCCCUGAACCAACCCCACAAACUCAGCAGUCCCCGGGCAAAGUGCCUCCAAAAAUAGUGUUUAGUGAUGCAAGCAAGGACUUGGGCACAAAACCCCAGGGGUCAGCACCCACUGGCAGGGGUGAGGGCUCCCCUCUUCACAAACCCGGGAGGAGUGAACACAUUAAGCCAAAGGAUGUGCCGAAAGUCAUGUGCCCAUUGUGCAAAACUGAACUGACUGUGGGAUCCAGCGACCCCCCCAACUACAACAGCUGCACCUCCUGCAAGAAGCAAGUGUGCAACCUCUGCGGCUUCAAUCCGACACCCCACCUGGUGGAAAAAAACGAAUGGUUGUGCUUGAGCUGCCAAACUCAGCGGUUAUUAGAGGGAAGCCUAGGAGACGCUCCACCAUCUCCCUUACCACCGUCCAAACAAGGUUCUCCAAGGCACCAGCCAGGAAUUUCCGUAGGAGCAUCUCCCAAACAUCUCUCUGGAGCUCUGUCAUCAGGUUCACCAAGACAUCAGACGGCUCCAAGCCAGACAGCGCUGGCCCAUCCUCAGAAGAGCGCACCUGUAUCCACGGCAUCUCCUCAGCAUCAGGCCGGAGCAGGGAGUCAGCACAGGGGGACUGCAGGACAUCCCCCCGAGACCACACAUGACAAGAGAAGUUCUCAACCCAACCACCUCAAGAGCUCAGAACAAAUCAAGAGUGAAGAUAGAAAACCCCCAGAAGACGUGUCCCAGCCCAAAGCCCCUACAGAUUCUCAAAAGUUGUCAAAGCAGACGGUGCCAAAAGGUAAAACCGUGGGCAGUAAGAAAGAGUCCGGGACAAAGAGUGGGAAGUCGUCCUCCGAAAUCCAAAAGAUGAAAGACCAAGAGGAUAUAAGCAAGCCUUAUUCCCAUGACAUGUCCCGCAGCCCUCAAAGCCUUAGUGACACAGGAUACUCCUCUGAUGGAAUUUCCAGCUCACAAAGUGAGAUUGCCGGACUGGUGCAACAGGAAGAAGAGAAGUUAAAUGCAACAGGCAUAUCUCAACGCAGCCCACCAAGCCCCUCCGAGCUUACGAAAUUGGAAAGUUCUGUUAGACCACUGCUGGAAUCGAAAGGUUCUUCCCAAGGUGACAGGUUCCGUGGCGUACGAGAAGAUCAAAAGCAGAGACCAAGGUCACUAUCCAUUACCCCUGAAGCUUUUGACUCUGAUGAAGAAUUGGAAGAUAUCCUAGAAGAAGAUGAAGAUUCAUUGGAAUGGGAUAACCAGAGGGAUCAGAGGGAGUGCACAGAGUCAUCAGAUGAUUUCGGAAGUAAGUUGCGCCAUGAUUAUGUUGAAGACAGUAGUGAAGGUUUCUCUCCGUUACCCAUUAGGCAACAAAAGGGAAACUUCUCAGAUGAAGAAUUUAUGAGAAGACAACUUUUGGAAAUGAGUGCAGAAGAAGACAAUUUGGAAGAUGAUGAUCAGCAUUAUAACCACGUAAAAUACAGCAGUAGUAAAAAUGGACACAAAACAGACUCUGAAAAAGCCAAAGGUAUGUCCUCCUCCUCCAAGAGGUCUGUAACUUAUAACUCCAAUGACGUGUACGAUGACAGUCGAAAAGACGUAGAUGUGGAGGAGGAAGAAGACGUGUCUGCUACUCAAGGAGGGCUGCGACGAUUUAAGACCAUUGAGCUGAAUAGCACAAAUAACUAUAACAGAGACAUUGAUCUUGACCAGGAGACAGACAUUAGUUUAGAUAGGGAACCAGAGUUAGAGAUGGAAAGUCUGACUGGGUCACCAGAAGAACGAUCCAGAGGAGAAUAUUCUUCUACAUUACCUGCAACAACACCCAGCUACACAAGCGGAACAUCACCCACAUCAUUGUCAUCACUUGAAGAAGACAGUGACAGCAGUCCUAGUCGAAGACAACGCCUGGAAGAGGUCAAGCAACAGAGGAAGGCUCGCCACCGCUCACAUGGUCCUUUACUGCCCACUAUUGAGGAUUCCUCAGAGGAAGAAGAACUGCGAGAGGAAGAAGAGCUCUUACGAGAACAGGAAAAAAUGAGAGAAGUGGAACAGCAGAGGAUUAGAAGCACGGCCCGCAAGACCAAAAGAGACAAAGAAGAACUAAGAGCCCAAAGAAGGAGAGAGAGAUCAAAAACACCACCCAGCAAUCUGUCUCCCAUUGAGGACGCAUCACCCACGGAGGAAAUGAGACAAGCUGCCGAGAUGGAGGAACUGCACAGAUCUUCUUGUUCUGAAUAUUCGCCUUCCAUUGAUUCAGAGGCAGAAGGUUUUGAAAUGAUUGCUUCUAAAUUGUAUAAAUCAGGGAGUGAAUACAAUUUGCCAACGUUUAUGUCUUUGUAUUCUCCAACAGAAAAGACUUCCACUAACUCCACUGGUAAUAAACCUCUAAAAAGUGCUGAGGAGGUUUAUGAAGAAAUGAUGAGAAAAGCUGAACUGUUCCAGAAAGAGCAGCAAUCACCGCAGAACCUCACCUAUGGGAACAACUAUCAGCAGGUCAGCUAUGACGGCAUCCAGAAUCAGAACAACUAUGAGUAUCAGUAUAUAGAUGAUUAUGGCUACGAUGGCAAUAGAAGCAGAGGUUUGCAGAACGACUACAAUAUGGACUUAACAACCCCUGGGACGGUGUAUGAUGAAAUUUUGCAAACCUCUCAGAAUAUCUCAAGAAUGCAUCAGUCGUCAUCAAUUGACCUACAGGAAGAGAAGAAGAUGGAGGCCUGUGCUGAAAAGCAAUUCUUAAAUGCAGAGAAUGCGUACAAUGAGAUGUUGAAACAGGUUAGUGGUCCACUCACUCCUGGAACAAGCCCAACUCAGCUGUCUGCCCCAGUGUCAUUUGCUUCUUCUGAAAGCCUCUCUGGACGGGUCAUACCAGAUGUGCGGGUAACUCAGCACUUUUCUAAGGAUGGGCUUGAUCAGACAAAACUUCAUAGUUCAGCCUCAGUUCCUAGCUCAAAAGCAAUAUCAUCUACUUAUCACUACAGCAAAGUUUCCACUACCUCGACAUCUACAUCAACUACCCCUGGUGCAAAUGCUGAGAGAGCAUCUCCUUCCCACAGAAGCUAUGGACAAUCUAGAGGAAGCUUGGCCUACAGUACAAAUGAAGAGCAAUAUAAAAACAGAAUAGCCACUGACAUAAAUGCAUCAAUGGAUAAAGGACAAAGUGGCGGGACUAAUGCAUCAUUGACAUCAAAAGUUAUUUCUUUCUUCAAGACUACGAGCCCCCCUCUGUCUCCAUCCUCACCCACACAAAGCCCGACUCAUUCAUCGCCAAGAGUUAAUAUGUCUGCUGGAAGCAGGAGUACUGCUGAGUUUUCCUCCCAGGCGCAGAUGAUCCAUAGGCUUGACAGCUCUUCUGUACAGACAUCACCAAUGGUAGCUCAAGGAACACAGACUCCAGACCGUACUCGGUCACCUCGCCUGUCUAGACAGCAAUCUUCUCAAGAAUCUCCAUUCAUGGUUAUUACAUUAGCGUCUGAUUCCUCCACCCAAACUAAACCUAAAAGUGUCAGUUCCUCUACUUCCCCAGUCACAUCACCAACUAGGUUAAACCGUCAGCAAACUUUCCAUAGUUACAGUCAAACACCAGUCAGUAGUUCACAAUCCCAGCAAGAACAAAUACAGUCCAGCUACACUAAGACACACACAAUUAUAGAAAGGUCUCCAGCUUCAGGAAUACACAUGGUUUCCCCUAAAGGCCAGCCGACUGCUACGGUAGAUGGUUCCAGCAAUACUUAUAACUGGGGUUCCCUGCCACCAGAGAACAUAUCACUGUGUAGAAUCUCUUCUAUUCCUGGCACCUCCCGGGUGGAACCCGGCCCCAAACCUAGCAGCAAUGCGGUCGAUUUACGAACAGCUAUGAAAAGUACUCCAGUCAUUAUGACUGAUCAGGGCAUGGAUCUCACGUCUUUGGCAACUGAAUCUAGAAGAUAUUCCUUGACCAUGGAUUCAUCGCCAGCACGCCAGUCUACUGCUAUCCAGCCCUUAAUCGUGAACUUGAAUGCUCAAGAACAACCUCAUGCUGUUAUUGGCACACCCACCACUGUUAGCAUAACUGUUGCUUCCUCCAUGAUUGUAUCACAGCCAAAACAACCCAUGGUCUAUGGCGAUCCAUUUCAGAAUAGGGUAGAUUUUGGUCAAGGGACAGGAAGUGCAGUGUGCCUAACACAAGUCAAACACAUUGAACAAACAGCCCAGUCUGGGGUAUUGAGAGGAAGUGGUGGCAAACCAGAAGAAGCAGCAGGCUUGCAGAAAGAGAUGUUUGCAAGAUAUAACCUUCCUAGCCAGAUCACAUCUACAGUUAAACGAGAGGUCGGCUCUCAACCUGGCAAUACUCAAAACAUUGCCAACAUUAGUGCUAUGCCCAGACAAUUCCAACAGGACCAGGGCGUAGGUUAUACAGAUGCAUAUAAGGGCGUCUCUGAGCCUCAAAUUCAGCAUCUUCCUAUCAGUUUCCCGGGUAGCCAGCCCCACUCCAUGAUGGUGCACCUGGAUGAGAAGACUCCUGGCGCUGUCACAAAACUCAUGAAAGAAGAGCAGGCUCCAAAUGCCCUAGACCUCACGGGAAUGAAACCCGAAAGCCAAGUGGUGUGCUGUGACGUGGUAUACAAGUUCCCCUUUGGUGGCAGUUGUGCUGGUGGUUAUAAUUCUAAAGUACCAGAGAAAAGCACCGGGGAAGCAGCGCAGGCAGCGAGGCCAGGUGUGCAGUACUAUGGUCAGAGAGAACAAGAACUUCCAGAAAGCUAUCAAUAUAGAGAAUCAAAGCCUGUGGUGCCGCCAACUCCCCCACCUUCUGCACCUGCCCAGAAUUUUUAUGAGGAGCAGAAAUUCUACCCUUAUGCCCCGCCGCCAGGAAGGCUGCAUUCAUCCAUGUCAGAGACCAAUUUAUCUGAUAUUGGUCUGUAUCAACCUUACCAGAACCAGAAUGCAGGAGGAGAAGGUGCGAUGGAUCUAAGCACCAUGAAAAGCACCUACAGCAUGAACUUCAGUGAUGCCAACUACAUAGGUCAGGGGCUGCAGUACGGUUCAUUUACUGAUCUCCGACAGAGCACUGAUUUAUUUAAUAGUUCACUACCCAUAAGACGAUAUAGCUCAAUGUCCAAUAUAUACUCUGACUACAGAUACUCUGCUAGAGAUCUGUCUAAUUUUCAAGAGUCAAAUCUUGCUCAAUACAGUGCAACAACAGCGCGAGAAAUCAGCAGAAUGUGCGCUGCCCUCAACUCUAUGGAUCAGUAUGGCGGGCGACAUACAAACAGCCCAGAUCUAUUGCAGUAUGGACCUAGUUCAGUUGGUUCAGGGCCAGCAGCUAAUCUGCUAUCAAAUCAGCAAGGAAUGGCACCCAUUAGGCAAAACAUGAUGUAUGGUCCUCAUUUCUCAGAAAGCCGUCAAGGCUUUGGAGGCUUAGGACAGUAUAAUAUGCCUGGUCCGAGAUCUGCAGCUAUCCGACAGAUGUACCCCGCUGCAGCCACUGUCAGAGCAGCAGAUGGCAUGAUUUACUCCACUAUCAAUACACCUAUAGCUUCUACACUUCCUAUCACCACUCAGCCAGCCUCUGUACUAAGACCAAUGAUCAGAGGUUUGUAUAGACCAUAUGCCCCUGGCAGCGUCACUGCCGUUCCUUUAGCAAGUCUCACCAGGGUGCCACUUGUCACUCCAAGGAUGCCAUUGGGACCCCAGUCAAUGUACCGCUAUCCUGCAGGCAAUAGAGUUCCAUUUGCUUCAUCAGGAUCAACAUUUGAUACCCCUGUUUAUUUGGGAAAACCUGCCAGCACUAGUACAACAUGUACGGUCAGUUCAACCACCGUAUCAUCGCUCCCACCCGUGUCCACAGUAGCUUCAGCCUCUGCAGUAACAUCUCACAUAUGUUCAGAUACAACAGCCACAGAUGCCCCUGCCGAGGUUCCAACUGUAUCCUUAGGGGUGCAGAGUUCUUCCAAAGAACCCAGCCAGCCCCAGCAGAAGACCCCAGCUGAGAGCCAGGCAGCAGCAAAUAAAGCUUUGGCUGAUAAGGAGGAGAAAGAGAAAGAAGAAGAGCGGCAGAGGAAACAGCAGGAACACUUGCUUAACAUUGAAAGAGAGAGAGUAGAAUUAGAGGCACUGAGGCAACUGCGAUUACACGAGGAGCUAGAGAGGGAACGCUUAGAACUGCAGCGGCACAGAGAGAAGGAGCAGAUGCUGGUACAGAGAGAGCUCCAGGAGUUGCAGUCCAUUAAGCAGCAAGUGCUUCAGCAGCAGCAAGAAGAGCGCCAAGCACAGUUUGUCCUGCAGCGGGAGCAGCUAGCACAGCAAAGGUUGCAUAUUGAGCAGAUUCAACAGCUGCAGCAACAUCUUCAACAGCAAAUGGAGGAGCAGAAAAGGCAAAAGACUUCCAUCCCUCCAGCUUGUGAUCAAACAGUGCGCCUUCCACCCCAGACAGUUUCAGAAAUGACCAUUGAAAUGCAAAGAACCCUUGCUCAAAGUGGGCAGUACUGGCCAACAGUAAAUCCACCAUUCAUUGCGAUGGCUCCAAGUGUACCAGAUGCACAGGGACAACAACGCUACCCAGGACCUCAGAGGCCACUUACUAACUCUGCCUCAGAGAUGUCACUACAAACAGAUGAGCAGUGGGAAGUGAAUAGAACUAUAAAGAAAAGGAACUCAAUGCCUCGUCUCAGGGAUGCCUACAACAAUGAUGACAACCAUGACCCAUACAUCGUCAAGAAGAUAACGGACAGUAGCGUGCAGACUGAUGAUGAGGAUGGCGAAGACAGGUUUUAUAUAUCACGCAGGCGCCGAACAAAAAGAAGUACUGACUGCAGUGUUCAGACAGAUGACGAAGACAAUGCAGAAUGGGAACAACCAACACGCAGACGUAGAUCGAGGUUCUCCCGACAUUCCGACUCCAGCUCAGAUAGCAAGCAUGACUCUAAAGGAACAUCAAGUAUAGCAAUCCAGACCAUCAGUGAUUGCUCUGUCCAGACUGAGCCAGACCAGCUGCAGAGAGUCUCACCAUCCAUACAUAUAACCACGCCAGAUCCCAAGGUGGAAAUAGUAAAGUAUAUAUCAGCUCCAGAGAAGACACAGAAAGGUGAAAGUCUUGCCUGCCAGACAGAACCAGAAACCCAGUCACAUGGAAUUGUGGUUCCACAGCUUAGCGUCCCUACAACUAUAUCCCCUUACUCCUCUAAUAUACAGACGGCAACUUCUGGGCCUCUGGAUACUAAUAUGCCACGACAACAAGGAGCCGCCAAGUUCGAGAAGAAGAGGCCGGAUCCUCUGGAGAUUGGUUACCAGUCUCAUUUGCCAGCAGAUACACUUUCUCAGCUAGUUAAUCGGCAGCCCCCCAAGUCUCCCCAAGUUCUUUACUCUCCAGUGUCACCACUUUCACCUCACAGAUUACUGGAAUCUAGCUUUGCUUCUAGUGAAAGGCUGAACAAAGCCCAUGUUACCCCUCAAAAGCAUUUCACAGCUGAAACUACCCACCGACAGCAGAUUCUACCACGUCCAAUAAAAAGCAUGCAGAGAUCUUUGUCGGAUCCUAAACCCCUAAGUCCUACAUCUGAGGAGUCUGCCAAGGACAGGUUCUCUUUGUAUCAGCAUCAGUUACUGCAAGGUGGUCAGAUUUCAGCUUUCCAGUCAAAUACUUUGACACGCAAAGUGAAGCGAACCCUGCCCAGCCCUCCUCCUGAUGAAGCUCACCUUCCACUGACCACCAGUCAGGCUCAUUCCCAAAUAUACAUGCCGAAUCUCACACAGAAGAUAACAGGAGGCCAAGCCAUUCAGAUGCCAAAAGUUGGUUUUCUUAAAACCAUUGACCAUGAUCUGAAGAUUGUAGAGCAAGAAUCCACUAAACUACGCAAACAGCAGGCUGAGCUGGAAGAGGAAGAAAAGGAGAUUGAUGCUAAACUGAAGUAUUUAGAACUUGGCAUCACUCAGAGGAAGGAGUCCGUUGUGAAGGACAGAGGGGGUACCAGAGAUUUUUCUUACCUCAGAUCUCUGGGUGAAAAUAGGGAUUACAUGUCAGAUAGUGAGCUCAACAACAUGCGAAUGAAUGGCUAUGACGGCAGCACUCUCUUAAGCAGGACUAGCACAGCCCCCCAGUAUACCGACUUUCAGGCCACACAACAGUUUCAAACAUCAUCUUCUGCUUAUACAUCUAACACCUAUCAGUACUCUACUGGCCAAACAGUGGCCCCAGUUUCUGCACCUGCCCAGCAGACGAGGUUUCAGCAGCCACAGUACCCUGUGUCUAGUAACGGUCCAUCACAAAACAACUUCCAGACCCAAUUACCCAGUUAUCCUGCACAAAGUUCAUAUCAGACUCACAGCAUUGCACCAACAACAGGUUAUCAGACAGAUGUAGGCCUUCAGAGUCAUACUGCUUUCAGGCCACCAAAUGCUUAUCAAGCCCAAACCACCUAUGCUAAUCAAGCUCCAUUGCAAACCACUUUACAAGCAGGGUUCCCACCACAAGCUGAGAGUCAAGGCACUCAUCAGAAACCUCGGCAGACAUCACUGGCUGACCUAGAGCACAAAGUCCCUACCAAUUAUGAAGUCAUUGGAAACCCCACAGUAGUCAUAUCAUCAGCAACGCCCGACUCUGGUUUCAGUAACACAACUGUGUGCAGUAAUUAUGACCAGUACAAGACCACCGAGGUAAGACAAGCAGAAAGGGCUAGCGGAGCAGAGAGUCCCACCAAUAGUUAUCCUUCAGACUCUCUCUAUACAAACUUAGAACAAAACAUUCCUCGUAACUAUGUAAUGAUUGAGGAUAUCAGUGAACUCACAAAAGAGAACCCUCCAUCAUCAGAAAGCCAAAAAAUAGAACCUGGACCCCAGUCUCUGCAGCACAAAAGUAAUGGCCGUCACAUGCAAGAGAAAAAUGGCCACGUGGAAAGUGAAGGUUCAAGCAAGCCGCCAUGCUGUUAUUCCAGAGCCGAGGAAGAGUCUGAAGAAGAUGUAUAUGAUCAGCAUGGCACAGAUUACAGAGGGAGAAGCAGCUAUCAGCGAAGCAAUGACAGCAAUGGCAGAGACUCCUAUUAUUAUGGAGAUAAUGAUUCUAGGCACUCUACGCGUAUAGAGAAACACGGAUCUGGUGUUGGAAUGCAGAAACAUUCCUCUAAAAAUCUGGCGCCUGCUGUCGUGUCAUCUAAGAGAAGUAAACACAGGAAGCAAGGAAUGGAGCAGAAAAUCUCAAAGUUUUCUCCUAUCGAGGAAGCUAAAGAUGUAGAAUCUGACCUGGCUGCUUCCUACCCAGUGACCUCCUCAAUAAGCAGCAGCAGCAGCGUCUCCUCCAGAGCUAAGAAACUGCAGGAUGAGAUUACUUAUGGCUUGAAGAAAAAUGUAUAUGAACAGCAGAAAUAUUAUGGCGUAUCCAGCAGAGAUAUUAUGGAUGAAGAUGAUAGAAUUUAUAGCAGCGGAAGCCGCUCGCGCUCUGCAUCCAGUUAUGGUAUGGAAAAAUCAAGUCGUGACUCGGGUAGCGGUCGAAGUAAAUCUUAUGAACGGGACAGUUCAGAUAGGUAUCACAAAUCAAGUUCCAAACCUUCAAGUCUUACAAUGAGUCAAAGCCGAGGAAGAGCUCCAGUACGGACACAGGCCUCAGAAGAAGAGAGUCCUGUAAGUCCUCUUGGGAAGUCCGUUGGUGGUCCUCGUUCGUCCGGUGGCUCCAUGCCUCUUUCUGCAGUGGACAGUUGUCCUCAGUUCUGUUCCAGCCACUCAUUGCCUGACGUACAAGACCAUGCUAAAGAAGUGCCAAGAAACCAUACCUAUAAACAAGAAGAUGCUUACAUGAUGGACGAUUCCCACUGUGUAGUGUCAGACAGUGAAGCCUAUCAUUUGGGUCAGGAAGAAACUGAUUGGUUUGACAAACCAAGAGAGGCUCGUUCUGAUCGGUCAAGAUAUUAUAGCAGCCACUCCUCAUCACAGAAGAAAAUGCCGGUCAAACACACAUAUCAUGAUUAUGAUGAACCUCCUGAUGAGGAUAUGUGGCAACAUGAGGAAUAUUCUCAGCCUUGUCCUUCAUCAAAAGAACACAGACAUCAUGGAGACUCUGGAAGGCAUUCUUCUUCUUCCCGACACCUGGAUGAACAGUCUAGACGAUCAUCUAAACAGCACCCAAGAGAUCAAGGGAGACAUGAAUCACGCUCACAUUCCCAGUCUGCCUCAGCUUUGAAGAAGUCGCAGCAGUCAGAUUCUAGAUCACAAUCUGGCUAUCCAACAAGUUCCUCCGACUAUUCCCAACAGUCAAGGCAAACAUUGAGUUAUCACCAUAGCUCAGAAACACAGAAGCCCCAGAAGCAAUCCCAGAUAUCACAGCAGCAAAAACCAGACUCUCAUCACCAGGGAUCACAGCAAGCAAGACCGCCACAGACUGGACAACAGCAGCAAGCAAGACAGCAGCAACCUCAGCAACAAGGUUCCAGACAGCAGCAGCAGGUGUCCGGGCCUCCGCAACAAGGGUCUCACCAGUCUUCUCAUCAGCCCAUGCCUCAUCAAACUUCACAUCAAACUACUCAUCAGCAGCCACCGCCUCAGCAAGGACCAAGUCAACCAACUAGGACACAAGUGCAACAGCAACCGCAACAAAAGCAGCAGACACCUGGUAGCCAGGGGCAGACUGCGCCACGACAACAGCAGCCGCAGCCGCCCGCACCUCAAGGACAGGUGCCAUUACGGACACAACAGCAGCAGCAGCAGCAGCCACAACAGACAGUGAAACCGCAGCAGAACCUGCAACCUACUGCCCAGCAAUCUGCACAACCAAAAGUAGAACCAAUGGAUGCCUCUAAGAUGACAACAAAGCCAGCGACUCAGCCAGGAAGGGGGCCACAGACAUCAGUGGCAGGCGCUCCUGCAGGUGCAAAAAUUGGGCCAAAACCAACCACAACAGGAGCGGCCCCAGGACAGCCUGGCCCCGAAGGUGAAAGCAUGUUUUCCAAAAUCCUGCCUGGAGGAGCAGCUGAACAAGCUGGCAAACUGACUGAGGCGGUGUCUGCAUUCGGCAAGAAGUUCUCCUCAUUUUGGUGAGCGCCAUCAGAGGGUGGAGAUCUGAAGGAAGAUAUAAAGAAGAUGAUAAAAUGCAGCGCUGGACUCUGAGUAUAAAAUCUUUUGCAGGAGAUGUUGACGUCUGCAUCACUGAGCUGCUGGGAGAGGUGACCACAUGUGAGAACAAGAUGGAAACCUCGGAAAGAGCAUGGAUCAAAUACAUGGCCAUAAGGAACAACCCCCGGAGAGCAGUGAUAGGGGCACCCAGUGCCAGGACUCCUCAGCCGGGGUGGGCUCCUCUAUUCUCUCUCCUAGAUCUUAGACUCAGAGUUCUGUCUUUGCUCUCAUUAUUUCUCCACAUAUCUUCCUGAGAUCUUCACCAACGAGCUUUGAUUCUAGGGCUUGGAGUGACAAGCUCCACAUUCUGACAUCAUUCCAUCUCUGAGGCGCGGCGUCCUGUGCUCCCGCUCUGUCGGGGGAGGGGGCCAUUAAAUACCAAAUCCAAGAGGAGACGUGAGGACCGGUCACUGUUCAGCUACUCAAGAAUGAGGCCAUAGGACUCUGAGAGGCAGUGUGCUGCAUGGCCGCCACCUACAAUAAUAAAUGGCAGCCAGACAUACCUGUCACUGAUCAGUAAGCCAUCAAUUAGCCAUCCCAAUGGCGACUCCACAUCUGUGGCGUUUCUUGUGUUGGGUUCAUCGGCCUUAACAUCUCGGUUUGGUUUUGUCAUAUACCUCGUAUUUAUUUCGCUUUUGUAUUUAUUGCGCUUUGUUCUUAUGAUUUUUCUCCUUUGUGAUUGGUUUUGCAAAUUGGGUUUCUCCAGAAGCAAUAGAGAGCAGACAAAGAGCACAAGAUGGCGGGAGCGUGUCCUCCUGUCUCUCUCUUCUAAAGACGAAUAAACUGUGCACUUCCUAAGCCAUCUCCAGCGGGCAUGCUCAGAGAGACGGUCUUCACACCCCGAGAGCCUGUCCUUCUGCUGCAUGUGCCCUUAUGGAACAAGUCAUCCCCAUCCAGAACUGCUCCAGUAUUGUAAUGUUGCUCCUGUGUAUGCGUACUGUAAAGCGCUCCCUGUCCUGUUGAGCAUGCUCAGAGCUGACACUGCUCUGUCCAUUGGCGCUUCCAUUCAUUCAAUGAUCAUGUCUAAUUGUCUAUGCAAUUGGUCUGGGGGGAGGGCUGGGGGGGCUGGGCGAUGCCGUCUCCAUAUUUAUCUGCAUUUCAAUGUUAUUAUGUAGAUGGUUUCUUUGGAUCCGUGACCCUGGAUUGAUAUGUUUCUACCCGUGUGUAUGAUGUUAGUGGCAUGUUUGACUCCAAUAAGGAUUUUGCCAAAGGCUCGUAGCCAUAUAGCCUGUGCGACUCGUGUCUUCUUCUGAUGCAUGGCUUGCUACUCUGUACUGUGCACGCUUUCAUCUCAUUUCUAAUGACUGCAGAUUCUUGCCCCCCGUAUCUCCCCGUGUGGCCCUAGUUUAGAAUCCUCCAUUUGCACUUGGAAUUGACGGUGGUCCAAGAACAAAGACUAAUGAAUAAAAGGUCUAAAGAGUGUGAAGGAAGCUGAGUGGACGUCUGCAGGGUCUGUAUAACGAGCAGGUUCAUAUCUGGAGACCCCAUAAGGGCCCAGUCACUGCAUUCACCCUGGAAGGGCUGAGCAAUGGUGAGGAAGAGCGUUGGAUGCUGGGAGUAGUAAGAAAGCACAGAGAGAUCAUUCCCAUCAUGCCCCCAGAGGUUGUCUCCAGGGAAGAGGCUGUCCGCUGGUCACGUGACACGUCACCGCUCUUCCUGCGAUGAAUGUAGAAUAUUAUAGGGCAUUAUUGAGAGGUCGGACUAUGACCCAUACAGGUCUGUGGGGUCCCCCUCCUCCAGAGGUUAUUAGGGUGCAGAUGAUAUGUGCGGUGAUAGUUGCAGUUAAUGUUGUCGCUGGCUCGUCCUCCGGCCACACUGUAUAUAUAUCUGUACAGCGUGUAAAUGACCCUGUGUUAGAAAGUAAUGGAAAAAUGGCAAGGCAUGAAGCAGCUGGCGCUGUGGGGCCACGCCCUCUGGUCCAUCCGCCAUGCUAACGCUUUUAUAUAGAGAGUGGAUAUUAUAUUCCUGUAGACAGAGAGGAUGCAGCAUCAUGGCUGACAGAGGCCUCCGAGCGACACCCCGGAAGGUCCUGUCAUCUUCCAGGAUGUCGACUCCUGGGAGCGACUCUCACUUUUGCGUUGUUUGGAGGGUGGGGGGGGGGGGGGGGGCGGUAGAGGAAGAUAAUGAGAAAGUUCUAUAUAUAAAACAUAAAAUUCUAUUUAAAAGUCUAAAAUGGUAAUGUUUCCGGUGACUGUGUAUAUGAAUGCU